AUGGGUGACGCUGAGAAGCUUGCGGAAAUCCGCGAGAAGAAAGCGAAGAAUGUUAUGAGAGAGCUUAAGAUUUCAAAACUCUGCCUCAACAUCUGCGUCGGAGAAUCUGGAGAUAGACUCACCCGUGCCGCUAAGGUUUUGGAACAACUUACUGGACAAACCCCAGUUUUCUCCAAGGCCCGCUACACUGUCCGUUCUUUCGGUAUCCGUAGAAACGAAAAGAUCGCUGUCCACUGCACUGUUCGUGGACCUAAGGCUGAGGAAAUCCUCGAGAAGGGAUUGAAGGUUAAGGAAUACGAGUUGUACAAGGAGAACUUCUCCAACACCGGAAACUUCGGAUUCGGUAUCCAGGAGCACAUCGAUCUUGGAAUCAAGUACGAUCCUUCCAUCGGAAUUUAUGGUAUGGACUUCUACGUCGUCCUCGACCGUGCUGGACGUCGUGUUGCUAAGAGAAGACGUGCCCCAGGACACGUUGGAAUUACCCACAGAGUAGAACGUGAAGAAUCUGUCAAAUGGUUCCAACAGAAGUACGACGGUAUCAUCCUCCCUCCCAAGCCCAAGGUCAAGCGCAGCGUUCACCGCAGACGUUAA